GAAAUUCUAGAGAGAAAAAGUUUUAGCACCGUGGAUGACACACUCAACAGAAGGUUGAAGGAUUAUGUGCAGAUCAACAAUAGAUUUUCAGCAAGUCAUUGUGCUCAGGUUUUAAGGAAAGCCAUCGACAUAUAUUUAUCCGAGUCUCCCACAUAUUAUAACAAGCAGUAUCAUGAAAUUAAGUUAGAACGUGCAUUGCGGUUUUACAUGCCAUCUGCUCGGGGGCCUUGCAUACAAAGUUAUGCGGAAAAACUGAAGGAAGAAUGUCGAAACAUUUGGGAACGCGGAAGACAGAAAUGUGAGAAGCGAAGUUUGUCAGGUCACGAAUGUGUCUUAGGGUUAAAUCACGACUCUGAAAAUAUCGAUAGCGGUGGAAAAUAUGGCGGAGUCAAAAAGAUCGCAAAACAUCGAAGUUCAUUUCGGUCUCUCCAUGCAUGCAACUGUGGAAGAAGUCGUAAGGAGAGGGAUGAUCCCUUUGACUUAAUUGACGCCAACGUAAAUUUUUUUCAAUUUCCCAAUUGUUGUAAUGCGGAUGGAAAUCAAUAUAUUAUCUCUCCUCUUAAGAAUUCCACGUCUCCUUCAAUGUGGUCACUUAUACGACUUGGUUCGGGAUCAAUUUAUCGCUCUAACUUUGGUCUUGACAAAGUUGAUGGUUUCGCCACGAACACAAAUUUUUUAUUGCCGAUGGACGUUUCAUUUAUAGCAAAAAAAGAUCAGGAUGAAGUGAUAGGUACAAGUGAUUUAAAUGGAUGGACCGCAGACAUGGUGGGCAGUGAUAACAAGAUAAAGAAAUCACGCGCUAAAGGAUCUAAACAAAAAGGAAAAAGUGGCGAUGAACAAAAGGGUGAUGCUGGCACAUCUUGGCCGCCGUUGGGAAAUGACUCUGUUCAAAACGACGCCCAGCAAAACUCAAUGCAAAUGGAUGAAUCUUCUACGACCACCUCGGAUGCCAAGGGCCUUAAGGGUGGAGAUGCAAGUAAAGAGAAAAGAAGUAAACGUGGUGUUAGGAGUAAUUCAAAGAGAGAACGCGAAAAAACCGUGGUCGCGUCAAAAGACACUAGUCCGAAUUUUCCUUCGAAAACUGAUUACCAAAUGUUAAGAGGUUAUCUCGGUGUCGAGUACGAAUGUCCCAUCGGUCACAGAUUCAUGAGUUGCGGACAAGGUCAUGUUUGCAAGUUAGGACACGCAGGACACAUAAAGGAAACCGCGCACACUCUUUUGGAACAAGAUUUACCCAUUUACAUUCUUUGCCCGUGCAACAGUUCAACCAAUAAUUCGCCCACGUUCGCUCAACUACAACGUAUCGUAAUUGUGACUCCCGAUUCAUCGGCGUCGAUGAUCCUAAAUCCCGUAAUCAAGAACUGCAAGGACGAAGAGGCCGUUGUGUCUCCAAUAUAUAACUUCCAAAAUAAUGACGAUCAAGGAAUUUCCUUAUCAAGGAAUAGCCUGAUCGUUCUGCGUUUACCUUACAUUCACUAUGACCAACACGGCAAUCCCAUUUGUCCGGAUAAAGUCGUUACGUCGGCACUAUACUUGAAAAAGAAAUUUCUUUUCAUUGAGAUGCCAAAGUCUGAAAACCUCACCAAGGGCGAAGACGAUGUAAGCAUAUAG